CUCUACGAAAAGGUGGGGGAGACAGAACUCCUGACCGAAACUAAGCAUGAUGUUGAGCCGGAAAUCCGCAGGAACGGAGCUCCCAUCUCAAGCCGGCCACAGUCCGCCACGGAGCAGUCAAAGACUCCAAGCCCACAAAGGUCUGAAGUGAACAAUCUUCAGCAUGGACAGACGACAACAUCCAUGACAUCAGCUAAGCUGCCCGAUCUCCGAAAAGAGGUGAUCACUGAGCCCAAAACAAUGACUGAAGCACUUCAA